CCACUGCAACAUGGGCAGCUGUAGGUCAGGCCACUGGCCCCUGAUCGUGGUCCACAUGCUUCUGCUGCAAAUUCAGCCAGUUAAGGUAAAGGGAGUUGAUGCUGUGUCCCAGAAACUACGACGACUCAAUGAACAGUUCCAGCAGUUCCAGACGCAGACCCAGGCCCGUUUGAACAUGCUGGCCCUGAACCAGAACAGGAACGCCUCGAGGUGGCUGGAGAGCCGUGUACAGGUCCUGAGUGACCACUUGCACCACAUGUCACAGGACCUCGACCACCUCAAGCAGAGCACAACACAGGAGAUCAAGGGUCUCAGAGAGUGGGGGAGGAAGCUCGAGAAGAAGAGUAAGCGAAUGGAGGGUCGUCUGGCAUUGAUGGAGAGGAGCCUAAGGGAGAACCGCCGCCACGCCCAGAAACAGAAGCCUGAUUCAGGUCAGGACUUCUCCAACCUCACCCUGGAGCUGCAGAGCCAAGAGGAAAGGCUGGCCGCCCUUCAGGUACAGCGCGAUGAGCUGCUUGUGGGGCUGAAGGGGUUGCAAGAAUCCCUAAAAAAACAGGCGCUGCGAGUGAACCGGCUAGAAGGCCGACUCGGUGAGGUCCUGCAGGGGAAUGAAAGAGGGAACAACAGAGGGCCGUGGAGGACGGGAGAAACCCUCAACUCCAACAACACACCUCAGGAAUACUAUGAACCACGCAGGAGAAGCCAGACACAUAGAGGUGGGAGGCCUGGAAGGAUUCUGGAUGGACAAACCCAAUCUAGACCAGAGGGUAUCAGCUAUUCCCAGACUGAUGAUCAUUCACAGGCCACAGCUCAGAGCAGCAAAACCCCACAGCCCUAUCUGUUCCAGGUGACACCAAAGCAGCCUAAACAUUCAAAGGCCCAGAAGACAAGACCUCAUCCAGAAUCUCAUUCACAGAUACAAGUCCAGUAUCUAAACCCUAAAUCCCAGUCCACAGAUUACUUGCCUCAGCCUGACCUUUACCGUCCCCAGUCACAAAACCAUGUUCAGGCUCAGACAAGGCCUUACCCUAUCCACCAUGAGCAGCUCCAGUCACACCACACUGCGCCUUAUCUUCAUGCCCAGAUCCAGCCCCAGGUCCAAGAGCGAUCCCAUCAGAGACACCCUGAGUUACACAACCCCAAUCACCCCUCUUCGCCCCAGCCCCUGUCCCAGGAUCCAACCCAUCCUGAACUCGCCACAGACAGACAGAGCAGAACCAGAGUGGGGGCCCCACAAACCCAGGCUUCAGAUGUUCUCCCUCGGCCCAAGUCUGAGUCUUCUCAGCCUAGAGUGAGUAGGUGGGAUGGAGGACAUGGGGAAGAAAGUGACACAAAAGUAGAGCCUUCAGUGAUCCACAACCUCCUUCAGCUUCCUGUGAGGCAAAAGAUCCCUGCACAACCAGUUCCCAAAAAGGAUGCAAUCAUCUGUAAUGUGGACUCCAUGCUGUUCUUCCCCUCGGCCUCAGCGGUGAACUAUGUCACCUUCUCCCAGACUCUCCCCGACCUUCCUGAACUUUCUGUGUGUUUGUGGCUCCGUGUGGAAGCCUUACAUGUUGGCACACUGCUCUCGUAUGCCACAUAUGACAACGACAACCAAUUGGUUCUGUAUGGACGCAACUCUUCUGCCUCAUCUGCAUCCUUCUCUGCUUCUCUCUCAUCUUCCCACACCUCCUACUCCUCCUCUCUGUUCUCGCCUUCUUCCUACGCCUCUUCUUAUUCCCCCUCCGUGGACUUUGUCAUUGGAGACCCUGUCUAUCGUCGACUCCCUCUGUCAUCGCUCCUGGAUGCUCGCUGGCACCACCUCUGCGUCCUCUGGUCUUCCAUCCAGGGACGUUUCUGGCACUACAGUGACCGGCGCCUCACCUCCUCUGGCUCCAACUUCAGAAAGGGCUGGGAGAUUCCGGGAGGUGGAUCAGUGGUGCUGGGGCAGGAGCAGGACACUGUUGGUGGAGGGUUUGACCCUGCAGAGGGUUUUGCUGGGCAGGUGGCAGGGUUCAGGGUGUGGAAUCGGGUGCUGAGUUCUUCAGAGGUGGAAGGGGUGGCAGAAGGAAGAGGUGUGCCCAGAGGGGUGGUGCUUAGCAUGGAAGACAUAAAGGAGGUACAUGGGGAGGUGCAGCAGGUGUCAUGUGAAUGUUUAGAGCACUGUGUGUGAUAAAGUUACAGAGGAGGAUUCAAAUAAAGAGUUUCGUUCCUAAACAUGAUUUCUAUAGGGAAUCUUAAUUGUCUCUUGCUUGUCUGCCUCUUAAAAGUGUUUUCUUUUGGAUUCAAUUUUUUUUAUUUCUCCAGUGUACCACACAGUGGUAUAUUUUUAUUGGACGAAUAUCUUAUCCUACCUAACAAAGCACUGGCAUGCCGUCAGUUUUUAUUUAUAACACAUUAAAUCUGGUGGUUCUCAAGCAUCAAGUGCCUCUUCAGAAGCCAAAAAAAGUUCAUGCCCCCCCAUCACAGCAAAAGUGGAUUUCAUUUUUAUCAAUCAUUAACAAAACAGGCAAUUGAAAUAAACAAGAUUCUGGUCAGUAAAAUAGCCUUGCUAGCAUCAGAGCAAUUUUUAUUAUUAUUUAUUUAUGUCACCACGUGAAUCAAUUUCAUGCAACUUUAGGUCCGCUCAACAUCUACGACCCCCCUGAAGUGGCUCUACGUACCCCCUGGGGGGGCCUGUCUCCCAGUUUGAGGACCACUGCUUUAAAUGAAAUAUGCAAACUUAUCAACACAACAAUGUCUUGCUCAUUAGCAGGGUUUAUGAUUCAUGCAAUAAAAACUUGAGUUUGAUCCACCAAGAUAAAAGUGUGCUUGUAAAUGUAAUGUUAAUGUCUGUUAUUUUCAUGCCAUAUUAUAUUAUUAUUUGUUUAUAUUAUAUUUUGUAGGGUGGCUAUCACACUGUGGAAAGGUAAUUCAGAAUGAAACUCUUCAAAAAGCGGCUUUAAUGUGUUUUUUUGUACAAUUGCUACUCCUCUGUGUAGCGUUAGACGGACAUAAUAGGUUAAAUAAUAAAACAGCCUAUUAUUAAUGUUACUUGUGACAUUUAAAAAAAACAGGAUUGAAGUUAAAGGGAGCGAAAAAUACCUUGUUUAUCAGUGAUGCUGCACUUGAUUUCUAACGUGUUUGUGGAUGUCUUUGAACUUUGUUUUAAGCCACAGUAUGACUGCAGAUAUGGAUAUCUGUGUCUUUUGGAUUGUCAGUAGAAAUGUGUAAUACAUUUAUCUGAAUAAAUGUAGUAAAUCUCAA